AAUUAGAAUUAAAUAAUUUAUCAAUAUGCAGCCUGCAGAUCUCAAACGUCCAGCUUCUUUGAAAGCUCCGCAUCCAAAUGAGGAAGAUCUCAAGUGGUUUGACUCUGACGACUGAGAUAUUGGCGAAGAUAUUUCAUCAGAAAUGAAAGUUAACCACGUUUACGACUCAAGCAAAGUAAUUCAUAUAAGAAAUAGUCUUAUCAUCUCAAAAGGAAGUCCUAAAAGAGCAUUUUGCAAUAGUUUAUCUCCAAAAUAUGGAACUAAUAGAGAAAAGGCUGAUAGCAUUGAAACCCCAUUUAAGCUAAAUCUUCACAAGUCAAAGACUAUUUAUGAGAAGAAGGAGACUAAGAAGCCAAGUUCUUGCAAAGGAUUCCAAGGUGAUUGGGAAAGCAACAGAAAGCCUUCCAUAGAAAUUUUGCUUAAAUUGCAAAAGAAGCUUGCUGAUAUGAAGAAACUAGACUUUAAGCAAACAGAAGAUAAGAUGACCCCUCCUAAAAUUAUUUCCGAAUAAUAAAAUUGAGAAAUCUUCAGCAAAAUAGGAUGAGUCAUCUACCAUAAUUUAAAUUAUCAGU